UACGAGAGAAACAAACAAUUAUAUUGACACAAUGUACAGUGAAGCCAAACCUAAAGUCAAGACUGCCAGAAAUAAAGCAUACAUGUUGACUUUUUACAGAAACGGUGAUCUAUUCACACCGGGUAUCAAAGUGUCACUGCAACCAGGUAAGCAUUUCGCAAAUAUGGAUAAUUUAUACGAUUAUUUAACGCAAAAAACCAAGCUACCACGAGGAGUUCGUUACAUCUUCACGUUAAGUGGUAAGAGAUUGACAUCGUUGGAUGACUUCGAAGAUAGGGAAUCGUACGUGGUUUCGGACACCAAGCAAUUCCAAGCAAUGGCUUACGGAGCUUCUGAAAGAGCAAGAACUACUCACGCUUCUCGUAGACCAUUAGCAGCACCUCUACGUGAAGAAGAUAUGAAAUUGUUCCGUCCAGUGUCACCCAGUAUAGUCAAACGUACAAAAACUUAUAGAAAUGCGGGUUCUAGAUCGCAUUCUCUUCCCAAUUCCAAUGAAGGAAAAGUGAUAACGGUGGUUAAUGGACAAGACCAAAAUGUCUACAGUCGCGUUUUAUUAAAUCUGCGUGCCAUGCAGACUUUCGAAGAGAUUAUGAAGGAUUUAGGUCAAGCUGUGAAAGUGAAAGAUGCCAGCAAGAUGUACAGUCAGAAAGGACAAGAAAUUCGAAGUUUUUCCCAAUUGAGGGAAGAACUAAAAACUACAGAAAAAUUCUAUCUCGAUAGGGAAGAAAGAACUGAUAUUUCUGAGCAAACACUUAGGGAAUCUUCGCCCAUCAGAAAUGGAAAAUUAAAAAACAGUAACCAUCCGACCAAUUCCUUUAGCGGGAGUGUACCCAAUCUUUCAAUCUGCAAAUCGUCGUCAUUUUACUCCAUUAAAAUCAUUGAUAUUCAAAAUAAUUGUUAUAAGAUACAGCUUAAUUUUAAGACCUCGUUGAUGACAUUAAAUUAUUGGAAUUUCUCUAAAUUACGAAAUCAAAUGAUGUUUAAUGAUAGGAAGAUAGAUAUUAACGCUAUUAACCGAGAUCCAUUUCCUGUUUAUCGAGAUUCUGAUAGCACAACAAUUCAAGAAACCAGGAAAUCAUCCAGAGAUCCUCAUAGAAUCAAAGCAGGACCAAACAAAACUGAAACCUCUCAUUCCUUGGAACAGAAAAAUAGCAAUCGACCAAAUAAACGAUUAGAACUGGAAUGGGUUCACGGAUAUAAUUGUCGUCAUUUAGGUAAAAGUAUUUAUUUACUACUAACGGGUGAGCUUUUAUAUACUGUAGCAGCUGUUGCUGUUUUAUAUCAUCGGGGCCGCCACAAACAACGCCAUUAUCUUGGACACACAGAGGAUAUAGAAUGUAUGGCAGUUCAUCCUUUGGGCGACAUGAUUGCCACUGCUCAGGGACCCGGAAUGGCUGAAAAAUCUCAAGCACAUAUACGUAUUUGGAGGGUUGAUAAUUUAGUCACGUUAUCUGUAGUUGGACUAAACAGGUUUGAUGCUGGAAUUAUAACUACGGCAUUUUCACCCGAGGGAAACGUUCUAUUAGCCAUUGAAGAUCACAUAUUAUCGUUGUGGGAAUGGUCUCAAGAUACUGAAAUCGGAAGGGCAUCUGUCGAUCAAACUGAUAUUCAUGGCUCUACAUUCUUAACAAUCGACAAAGAAAUAGCAAUUACUUAUGGAAAACGGCAUUUAACGUUAUGGAGAAGAGCGAAGGAUGACGUUUUAGAAAGGCAAGAUCUGAUUACUCUGGUGUCGGGAUUUUCGUCAAAAAUUAUUAUGUCACUCGAAGUUUUGCCUAAUGGUACAUUCUUAACUGGAGAUUCUGAUGGGUAUUUGGCAUUGUGGAUGCAAGACGAAAGCACAGAAACUUAUUUUAUUAGUAAAGAGAUUAGAGCUCAUGCCAAUAAUGUAAAUACAAUUUUACUUCUACCUGGCGAACUGUUAGUAACUGGAAGUAGCGCACGAAAAGAAGGAGAGAUAAGUAUCUGGAAUCUUAAUGAUAAAUUAUCAAAAUAUAUGACUGCUAGACUUCCUCCAGAAACUGGUGAAGUAAAGUCAUUAUGUCCAUCAGCUCUAGAAACUUAUCAAGGGACAUUUUAUUUGGGAACAUCUCAAAAUAUUAUCCUGGAGGGUUCUUUACAGGGAACAUUUACAACUAUUAUUCACGGUCAUCAAGAAGAAAUACGUGCCUUAGCUGUAGAUCCUUACGACACGGAAUACGUAACAGCAGGCAUAGACAAUAUCAUUUGCAAAUGGGAUAAAGAUAGUUUAUUAUGGAAGGUGCUAAAUGUCUCAAACUGCUUUUCCCUUGCCAUACAUCCAGAGAGUACUGUUGUCGCAGUCGGAGAAGCCACGGGGAACGUAGUCGUUUUAAAUUUAGAAAAUGGUGAUCAAAUAACUAGGUUUUCUGUCUCCAAAAGUUCUUUAAAUACGAUGGCAUUUUCUCCAGACGGAUCACUUUUAGCAAUUGGAGCUGAAGAUGGCAAUAUUUACUUAUACUUAGCACAAAACGAUGGAUGCAAAUAUUCAAAAGGAGGUAUAAUGAAGGGAUUACAUCCAAUAUUAAUUUUAGAUUGGGCAAGGAAUGGACAAUAUAUACAAACUGUUGUAAGCAAUGAUGAAUAUCACGAAUUAGUCAUAUGGAAUGUGAAGACUAUGAAUGCUUUGAGUGACAUGUCCGAAGCGGAACAUAUAGAAUGGGAAGAAAUAACUUGUACCUUAGGACAUAGUGUGUUUGGCAUAUGGACAAAUCAGUACUUUAAAAAUGUCAUCAAUGUAAGUUGUCAUCGAUCAAAUUCAAAAGAUUUGCUGGCCGUUGGAGAUAGAAUGGGAUUUGUUCGCCUUUUUAAAUAUCCCUGUACAGAUUCUAAGGCUGCCUGUUACGAACAAAAUCAUGGAAGUUUUGAAAUCACUUCGGUUCGUUUUCUAGCAGAAGAUAAAUAUUUAGUUUCAACCGGUUCAGACGGAGUUCUACUUUGGAGAUUAGAACCUACUUAUCAAUAGUUAAUAUUGUUAAAUUUAAUACAUUGUUUAUUUUUAAUCAUAAUCAUAAAAAAUCAUUUGAGAAUUUUUGUAUAGUUAAAUAGCAAAAUUUACCGUAAUUUUCGGAAUAACUCGCAUCCCUUAGAUUGUAAAAGAAUUGUUUAUAAGUUAGUUGUAAAUUCUCUAUUGUAACUUACUUAUACGUAUAAGAGGAAUUAAAUAACAUUCUGAAACAAUUCUACACGACAAAAGCAAUAAUAAUUUCGCAUUUUUCUUUUUUUGGAUAAAAAACAUUUUUUCUCCAAUAUUGAGAUGGACUUAGAUGUAUAUUCUAAUACACAGUAUUUUCAGAAUAUGUACAUAAAUAAUUCAAUAAGUUAUAUGCGAUUUUAUGAAUAAAUAAUAUAGUAAAAAGUCGUUCCAAUAUACUCGAGAAAACAAGUAAUUUGUAAGAAAUAAACAGGAAAAAUAAGAAACAUUAGAUCUCCUGACAUG